AUGAGCUUCUUGGACUAUCCAUUUGUGAAGAAAGAAGAAGGGGAUCCGAGGACUUUUCUGGGUCAUGAAGAGAUGCACAGGUUUAUUGAGGAUUUUGCUCAGGACUUUGGGCUGAUGGAGCUGACUCUAUUUGGACAUGAAGUCAUUUGGGUGGAGCUAGUUGAUGAGGCGAGUCACGAGUGGGUUGUUGAGUCCAGGACCGAAAAACUGAGUCGAAAUGGGAAUCAAAGGAGGAGGAGCAGAGAUACUUGGCCAGGAUUACAAAUGCAUAGCCAUAACUAUCGUACACCUGAAGAGUUUGAAAACAAGAUAGUGAUUCCCAUUGGGAACGGACCAAGUGCAGUUGACAUUUUGAAAGAGAUCUCCCCUCUUGCAAAACAAGUUCAUUUGGCUGUUAGAACACCUACUUUUCAGAUAACAAGGGUGGAAAAUUAUGAUAACGCUUGGCAACAUUCAAUGAUCGAAUGUGCACAGAAAGAUGGUAAGGUAGUAUUCCAAGAUGGUCCGAUUGUUGAUGCAGAUGUCAUUAUUCAUUGUACUGGGUACAAAUACCAUUACCCAUUUCUCAAGUCAAGUGGGAUAGUUACUGUGGACGACAAUCGUGUUGGACCUAUGUAUAAACAUGUAUUUCCACCAAGCUUAGCUCCUUGGCUCUCUUUUGUGGGACUAAAUAACAGGGCUAGUGUUUAG